CGCAAACUGAGUGGAGUUAUGUGCAUAGCCAUUCACUUCAAAUGUAAACAACCAACAUCGUGCGUCAUUUACGAGUUCUCUAUCACUCGACUGUAGUCCAUUAAGUAGCACGUGUCAGUUUGAUUCAGAAGUAUAUAAGGCGAAGAGAUGCAUAUCAUAUUAUCAUUCGAUAAAUUAUUCAAACGAUCAUUUCUACAUCGAAUCUAACACCAUGAACAGAACAUCUUACAAACAUAUAUUCACCGAAUCAAGAACUAGACAGAAUUUCGCCAAAGAAUGUGAAGAUGCAAUCAAUAAACAAAUCAAUGUGGAACUACAGGCUGCUUAUGAUUAUAUGGCAUUCUUCACUUAUUUCGAUCGAGAUGAUGUGUCAUUUCCGAAAGCAGCUGAAUUCUUUCGAAAAGCUUCACAUGAAGAACGUGAACAUGCAGAGAAAUUGGCCAAAUAUCAGAACAAACGUGGUGGUCGUGUUCAAUACAGUGAUAUCAAGUGUCCAACUAAGACAGAAUUCAGUGGUUUGGAGGAUGCGAUGAACACUGCAUUGUCGAUGGAGAAGGCAGUGAAUGAGUCAUUAUUGAAACUUCAUGAAAUCGCUGUGAAGAACAAUGAUCCAGCACUGACUGAUUUCAUUGAGAGUCAGUAUUUGCAUGAACAAGAAGAUGCAAUCAAACAAUUUGCUGACUAUGUGACAGAGACAGAUCGAGUUGGAAGUGGACUUGGUCAAUAUUUAUUCGACAAGAUCACACUGAAAGAAUAAACACGACUUCAGUUGAACUGUUUAUUCAUUGUUAUGUCGUUCAUGUAUUUCUCUGUACUGUUGUUAUUAUCAUUAAAUGAGUGAUUCUCACAA